UCUUGGGUCUCUUUGCAGCAGUUACCUGUUAUAAAUUCAACAAUUAAUAAUGCAACACCAUAUUAGCUAAAAGGGCCAACAAAUGCAACCAACGAAUAAAUCAGAAUCAACAACUGCGGAUUGUGUCUUCUGGUUGCUGAAAUCCUUGGAUGAUGUCAAAAAGAUGCCUCUCUCUACCCCAAUCGGGGAUUAUAUGGUGCAGGACCUUGUGUUAGAAACCAUGAUGGUGCGUUUGUCAUUGCAAGAACCUCUUUAUGCCAUGGUCUUCUUCCUGCAAAUGAAGCUGAGAUGGCUUCUCUCUUAUAUGCCAUCACGUGGAUCCAUGAUAUGGACCUCCACAGUAUUGUCGUCGAGAUUGACCACAAACAACUCCACAAUGUCAUUCUCUCCAACAUUUCUCACUUCGAUACUGAGUUUGUCCUUUUAGUGAGUAAAUGAAAAGUCUAAAUUUGAUUCAUAAUUCUCCUGAGAUUUUGGUAAGACAACAAGCAAAUCAAGUUGCUCACACCCUAGCAAGGGGUCUAGAUUACGAGCUAGUUGUCAAGUUUUUUUAUGAUAUUCCUUCAUUGAAACUUUUGUUGUUUAUGAAAUGAG